AUGGAGUACCCGGUAGACCCACAAGGGCAGCAAGAGGAUCAAUUCUCCGAUAUCGCGAAUUUGUGGGACCGGGCAGUUGGAGACGUUCUUGUUUGCUUUGCUGGCCUCUCAUUCGCAAAACAGCCACCCGUGGCCUCGUACCAUGAUCUGGAGCACGGCUCUCCGUUUGCCGAUCAGAAAUACGCCGGCGGAUUGCAGGCUUGUGUGAUCGUUCGGUAUCAUGAGAGCCCCAUCGGUAGGUCGAGCUCUCCCGAGGACUUUGCAGCUGCUGACCACGGUGAAGGAAUGUACGAUGAGCUGCUUUGGAUUCCAGGGGCAUUCCGGCAUCCAGGCAAUGGCAAACAGGCCUAUCGUUGUACGAGGGCGUACGUAUCGAAGCCGUUAGCUGUGCACAGUGGCUGCAAGAAUUGGAAUGUGCCCAAGGCAUGUGCCGUCUUUGAAUUCACGCCAGCGCAGUCCGGCAAUUUUCCAUACAGUCGAAUCACAGUGUCACCCUACCGCGGUGGCGAGCCAUUCCUUGACCUCACAUUUCAAUCGACUUUCUUCACCAGACCGUUUGUGACUCUCAACAGUCGGUACUUUCCGCUGAACUUAGACUUCGACUUCCCUCCCCUCCCCGAUGAUCCAAACAAUUCCAGUGAAGGUUUGGUAGGAACAUCUGAGUGGCGCCGUGUCCACUUGGAAGUGGCGGGCAAGGCUGGCAUAGUGAAAGCUUCCGGAACACUGGGAGACGGGAAAUCGCUGCCUUGUCUCGGGGAAAGGGCACAUUGGAUAUGGCUGAAGCAGGCACAUAUUCGGAUUGAGAGCCCUGCCUUGCUCUGA